UAUGUCCAAAAAGGGUGUUUGUUGAACGAGAUCAUUUUUAGGUACGGAUAUCUCACCUAGUCAAAACGUCGAAAUCAACACAUUUACCGGGAAGGGAACAGCAAGCUAGUUUUUAAAAAAUUCCUAUCAUGGAGGUUACAGAGAAGAAGAUGCCCAAACAGGCCCAGCUGCUCUAUCUGGGCCACAAGGACACCAGUCACCUCUUGGAAGUGUAUGUGAAGCGCAGCAUCAGUUUAAAUGACGGGACAUGUGAGGACCAGAGGUCACCAACAAAGCCUCGAAAGUGGGUGACACUGUCAGAGAAACACAGAAGAGUCCACCGGCAUUCUAUUGACUCCUUGGUCACCUUCGGGCCCAGCAAACUUGACGAGGGCAAUGCCACCAGCACACCACCUGACGAGGGCAAUGCCACCAGCACACCACCUGACGAGGGCUUUGCUAUACCAAAUGCGGCUCCUGUAGAAAUCCCAGGGCCUGCUGAUAUUCUUGAGAUUGAGGCGUCUACUGAACUGGAGAAUAAGUUUAAAGAGGGCAAGAAGAAGAGCAAAAAGACGUCUCUCUGGAAAGGUUUUCUGGGUUUCUUCUCGAGGAAGGCGAGUGACAAGAAAGAUGAGCAUGAGUCUGGCACAGAGACUGGUCGACAGACACAAGGAAACGUGCCGAAAAAUAAAUCCAUCAAAAAGCAAUGGAGCUCCAUGAGGAGACGACCUCUGAGAAAAAUCAGGAGUGACAGCCUCAGAGGGUCUGUGAGGAGAUCAUCAGCUCGGAACAGGACCAACACCACAGAAAUAACUGGAGUUGAAUCGGUUGUGAGUGUGGGGCUUACAGACUCGUACUAUGAGAAAGUGUCAGAAGAGCUGGAGAAGAUUGUGUCUGAGGAGAAAGACACAGCUUCUACAGAUGAGGACGUCAUCAAAAGGAUCAUUGUUCUGAUGAAGCAGCAAGGAGACGUCAUUGAUAACAAGCUGAAGGAAAACCCCAGCCUGAGCGCAUUCUUCCAGAAGCUAUCCUACAGUACCUUCCAGCAGUUGGCUGAUACGUACGUGGAGACAGAGACCCCUACAGGCCAGAGCCGCCAGACACCACACACUGCUGGGCCUGGGCCCGGGCCCGUCAACGCCCCGGAGCUGGUCAAGCUGGCCUUCACUCUGGACUUCACAGCCAGGGUGGCUUGUCUCUCCAGACAAUCCACAGGACACAUCAUGGGCCUGGGCAACCGCUACUUAGAGGACCGCUUCACACAGACAACAGAGGCAAGAGUCAGCCCUGUUUUUUCUUCUAAUUAGAAUGUAUGUAAUUAUGUGUAAAUCACAGGAGGUUGGUGGCUCCUUAAUUGGGGAGAAUGGGCUUGUGGUAAUGACUGGAGCGGAGUCAGUGGAAUGGUAUGAAAUACGUCAAACACAUGGUCGCCAGGUGAUUGAUGCCAUUCCAUUUGCGCCGUUCCGGACAUUAUUAUGAGCCCUCAUCAGCCUCCUGUGGGGUAAAUAAACUAAACUAGAGGUCAGAAGGGAUUGUGACACAGAAACACCGCCAACACACAAGUUAAAACCUGUUUUGUACCUUUAACCACAGUGCUGUUAGCAGGUGAAUCAAGGAAGAUCAAAUAUGUUUCUAAUGACAUUUAUGUUGCUUUGCAGGUUAAUCCAGAUCAGACGUUGCAUAACUAGGAUGGUCCUAAUCAUUUAUGCACCAACACAUGCAAAUGAGACCUACUACUGCAGGGGAAAGUAAACAUAUUCAUUAUUGGAAUAGCACAUGGACUGUUCCCUGAGACACAAAUAAAACCCAGAGGCAAGUCACCCAGGGAACACCACAUGACAACCACUUAUAGUAGGCCUUGUACCAGUAAAUCUACACUAGUAAAUCUAUAUAACUACUAUGUGUACAGGUUAGCAAGUAAAAUAUAUGCACUAUGGACUUACCACUCGUGGGGCAUUCUGUAUUUACUUACUUGAAUUAGUGAUAGUAAGUACAAUGUAGCCUACAGUUACUGCAUGUACUUGCUACAAGGUACAGGUACCGAAUGUGUUAUCUCCCUACAGCAGGGUUUCCUCAUCCUGGUUCUGGGGACCCCAAGGGGGGCACAUGUUUGGUUUUGCCCUAGCUCUACACACCUGAUUCCACUAAUCAAAUGUUUGAUGAUGAGUUGAUAAGUUGCAUGAGGUGUGUAGUGCUAGGGCAAGAACUAAAAUCUGAACCCCCAGGACCAGGAUAAUGAAACACGGCCCUACAGUAACCAUAGAGUAAUUAAUUGUUUCUGGGGAUUCUACUUAUGACACGUGAAAGAAUAAGAAAACCAAACUAUUGAUCAAAGCUAUUUAUGUAGCAAUAUUUCCAGGUGGUAUAAAUAUAUUUUCUCUAAUACUGUGGUCCUGUGUGGCUCAGUUGUUAGAACAUGGUGCUUGCAACGCCACGGGUCAAUUCCCGCUGGAGCCACCCAUACGUUAAAUGUAUGCACGCAUGACUGUAAGUCGCUUUGGAUAAAAGCGUCUGCUAAAU